AUGGCGGAGGCUGAGGCUGUGUACCGCUACGAGUCCGGAAACAUCGCGCAUGCUCCCAAGAAGGAUUACGGUCCUUUAGACUUCACUGGAAAGCUGGCUGGGGGCCUGCGACUCGACAUCCGCAGGCGAGCACCACUGUACUGCAGUGACUGGACGGAUGCCUUCAAACCGGAGAACUUCCAGAAAUCGGUAUCGUCCAUCUUGUAUCU